AGGCCAAUGACUUGUCGUCGUCUGCUGCUAGCAACUGCUGAUGCCACUGUUAUUGUCGUCAGGACCUGGGAGAGUUAUGGCCCUUCUCCAGUGAUGACCCCUUUCCUGGAUACUUCAUCAGUUGUCCUCAGAUCCCGCCAGCUGACGGACUGAUUUGCCGGCCGACUCACUCACGACAGACAAGACAGGAGAGGAUUUCGAGCCCGGAGCUGAAGACCAGGGAGUUGAGGGAGGGAUCUCACGACUGACGGUCGGAGACAGACAGACAUACGGUUAUUGAACUUCCUGGCUGUGUGAGACAUUCGGACAAUUCUGAUAGCAAUGAGGACCAGGCUGACCCGCCAUCUUGCCUUUCUGGGCGUGUUCGUAGUGACGUUAUGUAAGCCCGGGGACACUCAGACACUCCCCCCAGCCAUCAAGGACUCACAGGAUGCACGUGCUUUGUACGGUGGCCAUGUAGUGCAGGACUACCUACCCCCGGGUCAUGUGGUGGCUGACACCCAAGGUCAAGGUCACACACAAGUUCAAGGUCACCGAGAGCGCCGCUCCACCAAAAACAACACAGACUUCCUCUGGCCUAACCGUGUCCCCUUUGUCUUCAGCACUGACGUGGAAAUACACGAACCUCCACGAGACAGGUCACGUGCUAGACCAGAUCCACGUGCAGGCCAACCCUGACCGGAACCUGUACAUGAGUGUCAACCCGGAACAUGUGAGUGCAACUGACCCGUUCAUCCGCUGGCCCAAGAGUCCAUUCGUCCUUUUUGGCCCCGAGUGUCCGAAGAGAUUCCAGCCGGGCACGCUGACCCUCGAGGGGACCUUCAACCCCCAGCAGAGUCUGGCACCUGGCCCGCCCUGGGAGUUCAAGGGUCACGUGAUGAACAUUCCCUUCUGCUCGAGGACGCGGGGUAGACAGAGCAACACAGACUCGUGGCCGGAUGGGAACUAUUGCGCCAUCAAACCCAGGGGAGUGGAGUGUACCAGGGGUUUCGAAGAAGGCAGUUUUGGGUGGCAGUCUGAUGGUUUGCUGAACUCUACUGGAGACAUCGGGGAUAUAGACAUUCAGGGCGACUGGCUGACGAUCCGGUUCUGCUGCCGUAAGACGGACUACCAGAAGAUGCCCGUGGAGCUUCCUCACAGAGAGCCCUUCAGCCUAGUGGCCUACUCCAUGGGCUGUCCGGAGGUGGUGGGAAUGCGCAUGAAGAUGACUGACGUGACCCUGUACUCCUACAACACCACACGCUCUGGCACACACCCCAACUCUGUCAGCUGGAAGUACGGCCUGCGCUUCUGGAUGUGUCACUACACACCUCCGACCUAUGGUUGCAGCGCUGAAUCAGUCCUUGAUAAGAACACACGUUCUGCCACGCUGACCACCCCUGGUUAUGGUGUGGCUAGGGAGGCUAGCCGACGCUGUUUCUACACCUUUAAGUCACGUGCGGUAAGCCCCGGAUGCCCCACGACGGUAACCCGGUGGGGCCGCUCAAGGACACCUACCUACAAGGGGCUAAAGUCGCCGUAUCUUGCUCGGCCUACAAAGGGAACGAGGCCAACAUCUACCUAGAGUGUACGGACACAGGCUGGGUGGGGCCCAGAGCCGCUUGUCCUGGUGAGUACAUGUUGGAGUUGAGUCAGUUUAUUUAGUGUCUUUUUUAUUUAUCUUUUUUUUUGACAAGCGUUUUGCGACG